CUAUUUCAUUUCGCAAAUUAAAACCACAAUUCUCCUACUUCAUACAUCAUAAACUAAAGGAAAUGUAAAACACUAUAUAUCUAAUGUUAAUGACUAAUGUAUAUAUGUUAUUAAAAACAUAAGAGUAGGGCCUCACGGAUGCUGAGGUGGCAAUAGACUUUAUAGAAGAAUUGGAAUGUCAUAGUCCGCACCGCACAAGAUGAAAACUCAAGAAGGGGCUUUAAAUUUGUGAAUAGUGACGUGUCAUUCAUCCAAUGUCCUCGUCGACAAAUCGCAUGGAGGACCUAACAAAGAGUCAAACCUCUCUUCUCUUCUUCUUCCAUUAAACCCUUCUUCUCUCUUCAUACAAAUCUCUCUCUCUCCCCCUCCCUCUCCGCCGUUGCACCACCUCCAUGCCGACCUCCCCUUCUCCUUCUCCUUCUCCUUCUCCUUCUCCCUCUCCCUCUCCUUCUCCUUCCACCUCCUCCUCCUCCUCCUCCUCCUCCGCCGCCGCCGCCAAUUUCCCUCCUCCUUCAUCCUUACAGCCGGCGAAGCUCCCAGUCGACUUCAGUCCCCCUCUAAUAGCCAUGGUUGUCGUCAUCGCUACUGCCUUUCUCAUCGUCACUUACUCUCGCCUAAUCUCUCGCCAUCUCAUCCCUCCCAUUCUCCAUCUCCUCCGUCUCCACCGCCGUCGCUGGCGCAGGUGGCGCCGCCGUCGUCGACUUGCUGCCCGAUCUUACAUCCCGUCCUCCUCUGGCGGCGACUUGGAUUCACUCCCUUACGAUUCGCCUUUCUUCGAACCUACUACAGAUGCCUUCCAUGUAUUCUCUCCGUACGGUCUGGACGAAUCUGUAAUCAAAACGAUUCCGCUUUCCGUCUACACUGCCAAAAGCCGUGACCGUGAGUGCGCCGUUUGUCUUUUGGAAUUUGAAGACGAUGAUUACGUUAGAACGCUACCGAUUUGUUCGCACGCCUUUCAUGUUGAUUGUAUUGAUGUAUGGCUUAGAUCACACGCGAACUGUCCUCUCUGUCGCGCGGUGGUUUUUAGGCCGGAAUCUCCAUUCACGCCGGUUAUGGCAGCUAGAAUCCGGCCAAGCUUAGACGAUACCAUCUUACGAAGCAUCAUAUUGGAACCGUUAGCUGAAGGUCCUCCUAUACCUAAUCGAGAUUCUUACCACGCAACGGAAUCAGAGAUCACGCCUUGUAUUGAUGAGCCACGAAAUAGUAAUUCAGUGGAGGAUCAAAUGAACGGAAGAGAUUUUUUGUUGAAACGAUCGUAUUCAUUCGGAUUCGAACGGAGCUUAGCGUCGGAGAGAAUGAUUCUAGAACCAGCAACCACGUCUCCAUGGAGGUACCGUCGUGGAAGCUUCUGGAGCAAACGGCCGUCACCAUUCGGAUCUCUACCGAAAGCGAGAGUAUUCUCAUUCCGAUACUACAGAGGUAUGAAGUCCCCGUUCUUCAGACGAAGAGGAGGAUUCUUUCCGUUAUCGGAAUCAAGCUGGAGAUUCUCCAACGGCGUAGGUGGAGGUUCAUCGAGACGGAGUAAGUCAAUGACGAGUCCAAUGUUUCUCCGAUCGUCAGUAACAGGCGGAGGAGGAGCAGCGGCGUUUUCGUCGAGCCGGUUGAGAUGCGGAGAUCCCGAGGCGUUAUUAUCACCGGAGAGAUUCAAUAGAAGAUGAGAGGAGAGGAGAAAGGAGGAAAAGAAAUGAAAAAACGAGGACACGUGUGCGGCUAUGAUGAGAGAGGGAAAUGGAGGGUGGGAGAUAGGGAGGAGGGAAGGA